GCGGCGGCGGCGGCGGCGCGGCUCGCGCGUCGGCCGUGGGGCUCCUGUGGGGUCCCCGGGAAGGGGCGCAAAUUAACAGAUGUGCAUGAGGAGUAUGUCCUGUCUGUCUUGAAAUUUACCUACCCUACAUUAUUCCAAGGGUGGCAGACAUUAAUUGGUGGACUUUUGCUUCAUGUGUCAUGGAAACUGGGCUGGGCGGAGAUCAAUAGCAGUUCAAGAUCUGAUGUUUUGACAUGGCUUCCUGCUUCAGUGCUGUUUGUGGGUAUCAUCUAUGCUGGUUCCAGAGCACUGUCCAGACUGGCCGUUCCUAUGUUUCUCACUUUGCAUAAUGUAGCCGAAGUUAUCAUCUGUGGGCACCAGAAGUGUUUUCAGAAAGAGAAAACAUCUCCUGCAAAGAUCUGUAGUGCCCUCUUCCUCCUGGCUGCCGCAGGGUGCCUGCCCUUCAACGACUCCCAGUUUGAUCCAGAUGGUUAUUUCUGGGCUGUAAUUCACUUAUUCUGCGUAGGGGCUUAUAAGAUACUACAGAAAUCCCAGAAACCCAACGCGUUAAGUGACAUUGACCAGCAGUACUUAAACUAUCUAUUCAGUGUGGUGCUCCUGGCAUUUGCAUCUCACCCCACAGGUGAUCUCCUCAGCGUCCUGGACUUUCCGUUCCUGUAUUUCUACAGAUUCCAUGGCAGCUGCUGUGCCAGUGGAUUUUUAGGAUUCUUUCUCAUGGUCAGCACAGUGAAGCUAAAAAGCCUUAUGACCCCAGGGCAGUGUGCAGCCUGGAUUUUCUUUGCUAAGGUGAUCACGGCUGGUUUAUCGAUACUGCUGUUUGAUACGAUCCUGACCAGGGCCACCGUGGGAUGCCGGCAUCCAGAGCAGGAACCAGAGCCUCAAUGGUAUACUUUUCAGCCACUCAUCCACACAAGAGUAGCCACUAUAGCCUCCUGCUCGGCGGCCUUGGAGAGGCCUUGCUGGUUUUCUCAGAGCAGAAGGGCUCCUAAACACAGGGAGAGUGGACUCCCAGGCUGCAGCUGGAGAACACCGCCCUGGGCUUUGGAGCUCCCUGUCCCGGCGAUAGAAAGAAGAAAGCAAGAACGAUGAGACACUGCUGCUUGCUGCGUCGAGGAGAACUUUUUCUGGGGUCUCUGGGCCGCUGCAGAGAGUGGACUGUGUCGAGAAGCUCCCCCAAGUCCUGCUGACUGUGCUGUGAGCCCAGCUGUGCAGAAACAGAUGCAGGAUUUCACCUGCAUGGGGAUGGCUCCGCCCACCUUGAUUGCCACGCAAGCCUCCUUACUAAACACCCUUCCCAGAUAAGCGUUCACUGCCUGCUAGCGGGCCCAAGGUAUUGUGUUGCCUUUUUGGUUUUGUUUUGUGAUUUUACAUCCUUGGAGACUCCUCCGGGGACACCCUUUCCUUGCUGUCAGGCUGGCUUGCCUAGAACUCACAC